UUAAGCGAAACUGGUUCAAGCGAAAAAAGAGAAACGAAAAAUGAAGGAAAUGAUGGAACACAAAUGUCCAUAAUUACACCUGGAUUUCCCGAACAAAAUACAACAUUUAAUGUAAAUAAGUUUACAUUAAAGAGAAUUGUUAUAGAAAUUCGAAGAGGUUUUGCCCUCAUAAACCAAGAAUCACCAGAAGUUUGGAAUGCAUUAAUUGCACCAUUAGAUUGGAAAAAUUAUUAUAAUUUUUUUAUUUUAAUUUUAUGCCGAGCUGGUGAAUUUGAGGUAAAAAAUAAAUUACAAAAAAUAGCUAAAUUAAUUUAUACUGUAUUUCUUAUCAAAUUAUGCCUAUGGACAUAG